AUGGCAUGCAGAGGAACGCAAGUCAGGAGAAAACUGCUUUCUCCGUGUUCAAAACGCACGUUUUCUAAAAUGAAAAGUCGUCGAAUUCCCCUCAGGCUGAGAGCGGCUGAGGAGGCCGGAGAGGCCCGUCCCGCGCAGCGAGCGGUUGUUCAAAAACUGGAGAAAAAUGGAAUGGAUUACAAGCCCCGAAAUCUCGCUUUAUCAGUUCAGAAAAAGGGCCAAAGAUCAAGCUCCUGCUCCAAGCAGCUAAUGCAUUGGUUCCCUGUCACCCGCAGAAUAGAAACUGAUUCUCUGCAUUGGUUUCAUUUGCAGGAUUUUAAGCUCGCUUUUGGCCAUCACCAAGGCAGAAUAAGUCCUCUCUGGCAUGGAGGUGCAGCCACCGUUGUUCAGAGCCCUGGAGAUGAAGUAUGGGGAAUAGUGUGGAAAAUGAACGCUAGCCAUUUAAGUUCUCUGGAUAAGCAGGAGGGAGUUGAAGAAGGCAUUUAUGUCCCAAUAGAAGUUAACGUCCACACUCAAGCAGGAGAAGUACUGACCUGUCGAAGCUACCAGAUGCGUGACUGUGUUUGUGGUCUCCCUUCUCCCCAGUACAAAAAGGUUAUCUGCAUGGGUGCAAGACAGAACGGCUUGCCAGAUGAGUAUCAGAAGAAAUUAGAAGCUAUAGAAACCAAUAACUAUGCAGGACCGGUUCCGAUCCUGGAAGAAAUUGAAGCUGCUGCUAAGGCAAAGAAAAUGAAUUCUGCGUAA